CUUUCGAAAGCAUCUCCUAAAAGAGUAUUCGAUCGACCACACCCUCAACGCACUCUCCUGGGACGCCCCCAUCUGACUCUGCGCCACGCUGUGCAUCCAUUCAUCGGCAGCGACAGCGGAAAAGGGCAAAAUGGAUACGGAUAUGAGCGUCUCCUCGCACCUAGACGAAGGCUCGAGCAACGUGACUUGCUACCAGGUCAUCGCGGCCGAUGAAGCUGGCUCACUGCAUUCUCUGCGGUUUCCCUGCUCCUCUUUUCCGGGACCGGUGAAAUCGGAAGAAGCGCUCAGCGUGCAGUUUGACACUAUUCGCAUAGAUCGUGCCGAGGCAGACCCUUCGUCUUCGGGGUCGGGUCGUGCUGUUCAAAGGCUUGCGCAAGGACGCCUCAAUGACGAUUCUUGGGUGAUUGCUGUAGGGCGGCGAGAUGGUACGGUGGACGUCAUUGGACUCGACGAACAACAGCAAGGCAGCAGCUCAAGCACGAGCGUACAGCGCGGUCGCUUGCUUGCUUCCAUUCGCGAGACGCGUAUGCGGCCGGGGAUGGAGCGCUGGGUCGGCAUGGCCGUCGGUCAAGGUGCCGUGUACAGCUGCACAUCAGCAGGCGCAUUCCGUGCGACCUUUCUUCGAGCAGUGUCCGACUCUACAUCUCUGGAGGUCGCCGAGUCUACAGAGCUCAACUUUCCCAGCCCGUUGCAAGAUUGCGCAUUCCACCCUGCUCAGAAUCCCACGCACUUUGCAUACGGUGGCGAAGAGGUCCCGCUCUCCGUAUGGAACGUGAAAAUGGCUCUGUCCCAACCAACAGAAGAGUCGCCAGUGAACAACGGAACAGAAACAGCGGGUGGUGCAGCGACACCGGCGGUAGCAAACGAGAAUGCCGCGCAAAUGACUGCAAAGGAGCGCAAGCGCAAGCGACAAGCACAAGCAAGGUCCAAAGCCAAGGAGCUAUUGCACGGCGAAGUGUUCAGAGCUAAGAACUUGCCAAAUGACGCCUUGUCACUUCCCCAGCGACCUAACAUUACUGCUCUCGCGUUCGCUUUUCCAUCCGCUUCGACCAGCACGGCACACGCUGGCAGCAACGGUAAUGAAACUGAUGAUGACAGCAGCACCGGUCAGAACGGAGUGCCAACGGGCUGCUGGGUACUUGCCGGUACGCGCGAUGGGUUGCUGAGACUGUUCGAACCUGGCAGUGGCGUCAGAAAGCAGAAGGCGGAGGUCAAGCUUGUUCCAAAAGGGCAGAACGAAGGGCUUGCGAUCAAGGCGCUUGCUGUCGUCAGCAGCGAUGCAGCUGCUAGUCGCAGGCAGGGGGGGCAGCUUGUCGCGUACGUCGCUGACACUAGCAAGAGGGUGUAUGCUGUUGAUUGGCUCAAAAGCAGAGUGCUUGGCCAGUUGAAAGGAAUCACUGGCACAGUGAAUGCCAUCCUUCCACUUCCUGCGCCAGGUAUUGGGCGCCACGAGCAUUUGAAGCGGAUUGUAACCGCCUCGCAGGACCGUCUGGUGCGCCUGCACCAUGCGACAUCUUACAACGUUGUCCACACUACAGUCAAUAAUAGCGAUCAAGGAAAGGGGGAAGCUAUAGCCGUCGGACACAGUUUGCAGCGGCUCAAAGAGGCGCGUCUGUACGCGCACGCGUUCUCACAAGCGGCACCGGUAACGGCGUUGGUGCUGGACAGCAGGCAUUUUCCUUUGAUGACCGUGGAAAGAGCCUCCGGCAACGACGGCGAUGGCAAUGAAGAGCGUGCAGAAGACGCCGACGGAGCGCACGGUAGUGACGAUGCAGAGGAUCAGGAGGAUGAAUUUUUGCAGAUGGAGACUAUCGGCAGUGAAGGGGGACCCGACGGAGCGGACGAGGACGAGCAGGAGCCUGCGCCUACAACGAAGAGGAUCAAGCUUGCGGAGCGCUGAUGCGAACCACCUUAUAUUGCAUUGAUAUCAUGUACAUCGCUCAUGGGCUCACAACAGGU